AUGAAAAAAAUUCAACCAGCGUUGCCUGAUAUAUUUUUAUGGAUGAUAUGCGAUAAUAAACGUGUUGCUUACGCACGUCUUGCACCAGAAGAUAUUUUAUACAGUAUUUGUCAAAGUGAUAAAGGAAAAAAUUAUGGAAAAGUUCAAACAUUAUUUUUAAAAACUCCUCGAACAUCUGAAAAACCACUUAAAUCAUCAACAAAUGCCAAAGUACAAGUAUUUCUAUGGUUGGGUGUUGAAGAUCAAGAACAACAAAUUUGGAAACAAUUACCAACCGGAUAUGACGUACCUCCAUCAUUAACAAAUGAUCUUAAAUAUAUAAGAUACAAUGGUAUAGUUUAA